AUGAUGCUUGCAGGUUUCCUCUUUCUGCUCCUCCUCACAGGUGUAAGUCCCUGGUUCCCAGACGAAGGAGAGCGUACUGACGUUCGACAGAUGUCCAAUUCCAGCGUUGAGGAAAGUGGAGAAACCAACAAUAACACAGAUGAUGAAUCCGACUUCCCAGAUACAGAUCUGGACUCUGGGGAAAUCUCCAGGAAAAACUGUGGUUAUCGGAAUGUUUUAGACUACCUGAAACUGAACAAAAACAACGAUACGUACACAAUGACUCGACCUGUUAAAGAGUUUAACACAACAACAAUGGUACACCUGCAAAUUUUGAUCUAUGGCAUCCUAGAUGUGAGAGAGAGAGACCAGACUUUCGUUCCUUACGUUUGGAUUUAUAUGAAAUGGCAAAAUGAACACAUUAAGUGGAGUCCAACUGAAUUUUGUAAAAUUGAAGAGGUGGUUGUUCCUACUGAAUUAUUGUGGAAGCCAGAUAUAACUAUUGAAGAGAUGACAGAGAAGGACAAGGCUCCUCCGAGUCCUUAUCUUACCAUUAAAUGGAACGGCGAAGUCACACUGAGGAACGAAAUGAUGAUAGUCAGCACGUGCAAGAUGCAAGUUUACAAAUUUCCCUUUGACAUUCAGAGCUGCAACCUCUCUUUUAAGUCUGCUGUGUAUUCUGAUGCCGAAAUAAUGUUUCAAACCAUUGAAGAUGGUUUAAAAAACACAGAGUGGACUCACCAGUUGAUGCGGACCCAGUAUGAGUGGUUGUUCCUAUCCAUGACAAUUAACAUCAAAACUGUCAACGAUCUUAUCUACAACCAAAGCAUGAUUGUUUACACUAUCAAGAUGAGGAGGCGGUCUGUCCUCUACAUCGCCAACUUCUUGGUACCCAUCAUGUUCUUCUUUUGUCUGGACUUGGCCUCAUUCCUGAUCUCGGACAGCGGGGGGGAGAAGCUCGGCUUCAAGGUCACUGUGCUGCUUGCUGUCACUGUGAUGCAGCUUCUUCUCAAUGAGAUUCUGCCUUCGUCGUCAGACAGGGUUCCUCUUAUAGCGGUCUUCUGCAUUGGGAUGUUUAGUUUGAUGAUGCUAAGCCUCCUGGAGACAAUUUUGGUGAUGCAUCUGAUGGAGAAAGACUCUGCAUCCCAAGACGAUGAGGCAGGUAAAGACCAAAACCUGAGUGAGGACUGUAACAAAAAGGGCAAAGUCAGCUUGCACAACCAUGAUGGAGAGAUGAAGAAAUGGACUCACUGUGCUUGUGUUUGUGACGUGUCUGCUGAUGAACCUCCAUCUGAACUGCUGUCGGUGGCUAGAGAGGGCAACAGCAGCCAACUGACGGAUGAGUCCAAUGCCUUGGAGAAGGUCUCAGAUGAGCUGAGGGAGGUGGAGAAAACACUGCUCCUGCUCCUCAACAGCAGGAAGGAAGACGGGAAGCCCGGCUACUGGACCAGAGUGACUAAAACAAUCAACAAAGUUUUCUUCAUUUCCUAUGUCACAAUGGCCAGUCUGUUUUUAGUUGUUAUCUUUUUAAUAUGGAACUAUGCACCAGACGAGUAG